AUGUUCGCUGAGUUGAUGCUAUUCUACGCGUUAUGUGACGCUUUCGUGGUCAUCCUGAAGAUCCUCAACUUUUUCGAAGCGCUCGAGCAUUCGGUGGCCGUCAUGGUAGACGCUCUGUACAACUAUAGCUACGAUCUUAUCAUGCCCAUACAGUCAUGCUCGGUGAGCGAUGUCAAUCUUGCUGCCUAUUAUGUCAUUUAUUAUUUGGUCCAGACAGCGAUCGGAUCUGGCCUGGAAUUGAUUGAAACAGCUCUUAUUGUUUCUAGAUAUCCUAAUGUUAGGAAAGUUCUUCUGGGAUGGAAGUUGACGACGAAGAAACGUGUCUCUGCGGCAAAUGAGUUCUCUUGA